ACAGACAGCACCGUGUACAUGAAAGAACUACAUCUACCAGACCGAUACCUUGUCAGUUCAAAGGUCAUUGGCUAGCAAAAGUAGGAAGUUGAAUUCAAAAACGAACAGAACAGUUCUGUGUUCAAAAGUCUUAUUGCAGACCACCAAGCGGCUAGCUAACGUUAGAUAUGCUAGUCUGGAUUACAAGGAACAAGGAACUGGGACUGGAAUUUGAAGACUUGUGUCUGCUGAAAUGAACAUGAUUACAUUUUUCAUAGUGGGCCUCGUUGUCCACGUUGUCUUCUUCUUCUCAAUAUUUGACAUCUACUUCACCUCUCCCCUGGUGCAUGGGAUGACCCCUCAGCACAUGCCCCUCCCUCCUCCAGCCAAGCGUCUGGUGCUGUUUGUAGCAGAUGGUCUAAGAGCAGACAGCCUUUUUAAGCCUGAUGUCAACGGGGCAAUAAGUGCACCUUAUGUGAGGAGUAUCAUGGAAGAAAAGGGGAGCUGGGGUGUGUCUCACACCCGGGUUCCCACGGAGUCCCGUCCUGGCCACGUGGCUCUGAUAGCUGGGUUUUAUGAAGAUGUCAGUGCUGUUGCUAAAGGCUGGAAAGAGAACCCUGUAGAGUUUGACUCUGUGUUCAAUGAGAGCAGACAUGCUUGGUGCUGGGGCAGUCCAGACAUUCUGCCUAUGUUUGCCAAAGGUGCCAGUGGAGACCACAUUUACACUCAAAUGUACUCUGCAGAGGACCAGGACUUUGCUGCAACGGAUGCCUCUAAACUGGACACAUGGGUCUUUGACAAAGUGAAGGCCUUCUUCAGCUCAGCGAAAGGAAAUGAAACCCUGCUCUCAAGGCUGCAUGGAGAACAUCUAGUGUUCUUCUUGCACUUACUUGGAAUAGACACAAAUGGACAUGCCCACAGGCCACUGUCAAGGGAAUGCAUGAAAAAUAUUGAACUUGUUGAUGCUGGAGUUGAGGAGAUGGUUUCUGUGAUUGAAGACUUCUAUGAGAACGAUGGAAGGACAGCAUUUGUUUUCACGUCUGAUCACGGCAUGACAAAUUGGGGGUCUCAUGGAGCCGGCCACCCCUCAGAGACCCUCACCCCUCUCGUGGCCUGGGGGGCCGGAGUCCAGGCGGCCCAGAAGGUCACUUCACAGAAAUUUGAUGACCAGUUCCUGAAAGAGUGGAAUCUUGAGAACCUUAAAAGGGUGGAUGUUAAUCAGGCUGACAUAGCACCCCUGAUGUCCUCUUUAAUUGGUGUGCCUAUUCCCAUAAAUUCUGUGGGUGUACUACCACUGCAGUACCUGGACAACACCGAGCUCUUCAAAGCAGAAAGCAUGUAUGCAAACUCAAUUCAGAUUUUGGAGCAAUUCAAGGUAAAGAUGGCCCAGAAAAAGGAAACAACAUUCUCGUUCCUUUUCACUCCUUACCACUUGCUCACUGAAUCCAAUCAGCUGGAUUUUGUUCGACAAGCAAGAUCACUGAUCCAGCAUGGGAAAUACAAUGAAACUAUAAGUCUGUGCAACACCAUGAUCUCUGAGGCCAUGCAGGGCCUGUCGUACUACCACACCUACGACCGCUUCUUCUUGGGCACCAGCGUGGUGCUGGGCUUCAUGGGCUGGACCUCCUACGUGAUCCUGGUCAUCCUGAAGACCCAUGCCAGCCUGCGCAAGCCCCACUCACUCAGAGACCCGAUCGUGGCCCAGAGCCUGGGAAGAGUGUUCCUCUGUGUGGGCGUGAUGAUCACGCUUUUCCUGCUUCUCCAAGCCAGCCCCUGGACCUACUACAUCUACUGCCUGCUGCCGGUGCCGGUGUGGUACUCUGUGUUCAAAGAGUUUGGAACGCUUGCGGAUCUGAUGAGCUCAGCUCCCUCAUUGCCGUUAAUCAAAUGCUUUGGAUAUUUUGUGGUGGUGAUUCUGGGGAUUGAGCUAUUGGUUGUCAGCUUUUUCCACCGGGCUGUGCUAACUCUUGGACUUGUUAUGCUGUCAGGGUGGCCUAUCAUAUCCCAACUCUAUACACAAGCAAAGGUCAGGUCGCUCAGCUGGGUCCUGGGCUGUCUGUUUCUCUCCACCUUCCCCCUGAUGCCGGUGGUGGGGCGGGAGCCCAACAUGCACCUUGUGACCUGCGCUGGUGGUCUCACCCUCCUGUCCUCCGCCUGUUUCCUGUGGUUGUCACGGAGACACACACCCCUGCAGUGGAGGGACUGCCACCUGUACAUCGCUCAGAUGAUCCAUGUGGCCUUGUGUGCCUAUGUGCUGGCCAGCACUCACUCCAGUCUCAAACUAAAGCAAGGUUUGCCAAUAUUCAACCAGAUCGUCAGCUGGACAACACUCGUCUCCUCUUUUGUGGUGCCAUUGCUGAGCUCCACGCACCUCUUCCAGCGCCUGCUGAGUAUCUCACUGUCCCUGGUCACCACCUACCUCCUCCUCAGCACAGGCUAUGAGGCCCUGUUCCCCCCAAUGCUGUGCUGGCUGAUGUUUGUGUGGAUCAACAUUGAACAAGAGGCUAUGACCGCUCAAGGAGUCUCUGCCAAACUGGAGCUCUCCCGAAUUGAUUUCUCUGAAAAUAUUGACAUUACCAAGAUCAGGCAACUGAGCCUCGACGACAUCAGAAGAUCCUACUUUUUUGUUUUCUUCAUAAUAACAGCGUUCUUUGGCACUGGGAAUAUAGCCUCCAUUAACAGUUUCGACCCUGCUUCAGUGUACUGCUUCCUGACCGUAUUCAACCCCUUCGUCAUGGGAGGACUGAUGAUGUGGAAGAUUUUGAUACCCUUUGUAAUCGUGAUGUGUACGUUUGAAACCAUUCAGGUCUCAACACAGCUCUCCUCAAGAAGCCUGUUCCUGAUUGUACUUGUUAUCUCUGAUAUGAUGGCAUUGCACUUCUUUUUCUUGGUUCAAGAUUAUGGGAGUUGGCUUGACAUUGGCACCAGCAUCAGCCAUUAUGUCAUCGUGAUGUCCAUGACCAUCUUCCUCAUGGUGCUCAGUUUGAUGUCACACGUCCUCACAUCCAAGAGGAUCUACUUUGGGAGGAGGAGAAAACAUGCACUUUACAUGGAAUGAACCUGCAAGCUGCAAACUGUAGGGGACCCUGGUGGACCUAAAGGGCAAAAAACUGGUUUUACAGAGAGGUGAAGAGCACUGGCUCAAACACUGUUACAAUGGACAUUUGUGCUAUAUUCUGAAAUAACUGUUUAAUCGUCAGAAGCAGGAAGGAAUUGUAGGAUGUCUUGGUUUUGUUCAGUGACCACGAACUGUAGCUCAUUUUGGGGUUAUGUGUGUUACAGUGUGCCCACCAAAGAGGAAGUUGUUAAUAUUCAUAUUUUUAUUUAAACCUGCUUGGGUUAAGGUUUAAUUUUGAAAAGGUUCAUUUUAAAUUAUUUAUAUAGAACACUAUAUACUGUAUGUAAACUGCAUAAGGUUGCUAAAUGUACUUAAUGUUAUGAACAUAAGGUCAAUUUUGACUUUGAUUGCUGUACUGUACGACUGAUGGUUUGUCAGUUUAUGCAUUCCAGUCCCCUUGCACACUGGCUUGACAUGUUUGGUUUGAAAUUCUGAAUUUAUCAUAGUUUCAGUUUCUUAAUAUAUCAGAUUUAUACUUGAUAUUUUAAAGUUUCAGUUCUCAGCAGAGAAGAAUAUCUCUGUCAGUUCCAAGUGGAAGUAUGAACAGAAUUUUAAUGUAAUUAAAUUUUUUCAGUUAAAAUUGUCUUGUGGUCUUAGGCAAUUGUAGUACUGUUUUGAGUUGUCAGAUGUGUUGAGAGUUAAGUAUGCAGGUACAGUACAGCUCUACCAGUAUCCCAGAAUGCUUUGUGCCAUGGCCAUGGUAACAUGACAAACAAGCCCCUAAAAUACAUUUACAUUCAGCUGCUAAGCAACAGUAGAGGUACAGCAUGCUUACCUGUUGAUGUCGGCUCAAUUUCAGUAAUCCGCCUUUAGGCGAUUAAUGCUUGUGUAGCAGGGUUUUUUGGCGCAUGACAAGCUCAAUUCUCUCAUUGUCAUAAUGGUUAAACAGUUCCUUUUCCCAGAGCCCUGCUAGUUCUGCUCUGCCUCAUCCUUUGCCUGAACAUUUCUCUUUCGGGUUAUUGAAUUGCUGUGGUCUCCAUGGACGCUCAUUUUGCUGACUAUAGACAUUUUAAAUGACCUUACUGGUAGCUGUUUAUUGGUCUCCCAUACCUCACUGGGUGCUGGGUGGGUGAUUGGCUCAGAAUGACCUGAGGACCUUGAAGUCUUGAGCAGGCUCUUCUCUCAUGGUCACAUUCCUGGGGAACAGUGCCCUGCUCUUGACACAUUAAAGACUAUAAUUAUGAAUAUGAGUCAGGGAUGAGGUUCCACUAAAAGUAGACAUCCACAUAUUGUUUCCACCCCUGGUUCAAGUGGCUUCUAACAUGUCACUCAUUAUUUACUUUUCACCAAACAAAUGUGUGCACACUUGUGUUUAUGGGUGUCUGUAGAUAUGGAAGUGAGACUGAAAUUGCAGACUGGUUUGCUGUGCUCUGGAAUCACUGGGCAGAGCUGGUUUGAGCAUUUAUAAGCUUGCUUUUUCUAGGGCAUACACAAUAGGAGUGGGGAUGUAGCACUUGGGCCACAUCAUUAAAAGAUUGAAAGCAUAUAGCUCUGGUGGAAAUGGUUGUGUUUCUAAGAUGACAUAACCCAUACAAAAACAUUUAUGUAAAUAAUCACAUUAUGCAGUAUAUUGAAUGAAAAUAUUAUACUAAUGAACACUGUUGAUAGGCAUUUUAUUCAAUAUAUUUGCAACCCAAUUAAAAAAAUUUAAUUCUAAAUUAACUUUGGGCAAUGACCAGUGAAAUCAUGUCCAGUAGGCCUACAGUUGGAAUUUUUGGUGGACUGCAGCUGUUGGUCAGUUGGGAACUAUAUCGUUUGUGUUACAUCAUAUUUUACACAAUAUCACUCUUAUUGUCAGGAAAGCCAGAAUAUGAUGCAGAUGCAUGGCAGGAAAUAUUGAAAAAUUAAAGGCUUGAGAUUCCCCAGACAAUUGUAUGCAUUUCAUGUAGCCUAUGCCCACUAAAAUGUAAGCAAAGUAACCAUUUAGAGUUCUACUUGCAUUGUAGCUUACAUUGCUUUAAUUUAUUUAAUGUUACGAUUGUGAUUAAGCUGUGUGUUUCGGGAAUAUAUGCAAUGUGAACUGACAUGUUUUUAAGUAAUGGUAAUGAGGACCUGCGUGGCUGCCAUCUGCUGGAUGCAGUAGCCUAAUGUACUGUAUGGCGUUUUCAUUUAUCAAUCACACAUUUAAAAUGUUUAUAAACUAUAAAUACGAUUGUAAUAAAAUAAUAGAUCCAUCUGUAAAA